ACGUGAUCCCACACCAAAAACCCUACCAAUAUGCAAUUCCGAAGUGGGCCCCCGAAAAAAGAGGGAAACGAAGAACGACUGCUUGUUGGACAUAUCACCACCCAACUCGACGACCCUGCGAUUCCCCCGACGACCAUUCAUUUUCUUUUCGACCCUCCGACCGAUCCGGCAACACCCGCCUCACACAUCCACAGACACCGCAAUCAUGUCGUCAAACAAGCAGAGAGUCCAGUGCUUCGGCAAGAAGAAGACGGCCACCGCCGUCGCCCAGUGCGUCAAGGGCCAGGGCCUCAUCAAGGUCAACGGCCGCCCGCUCAACCUCGUCGAGCCCGCCACUCUUAGAUACAAGGUUUACGAGCCUCUUUUGGUCAUCGGCCUUGACCAAGUUGCCAACAUGGACAUCCGUGUCCGCGUCACCGGAGGUGGUCACACUUCGCAGGUCUACGCAGUCCGCCAGGCUAUCGCCAAGUCGAUCGUGGCCUACUACCAGAAGUUCGUCGAUGAGCACAGCAAGAACCUGCUCAAGCAGGCCCUGACACAGUACGACCGUACACUUCUUGUUGCCGACAACCGCCGUUGCGAGCCCAAGAAGUUCGGCGGUCCCGGUGCCCGCUCCAGGUUCCAGAAGUCUUACCGUUAAAUUUUGUCUCCGGGUAUACCACGUGGAGGAUGGAGCGGAGGCGUGCAACGGCAGGGGAGUUUUGGACUGGUCACGAUGCUUAUUGGUCACACUGUCUGCUUUUUCUUGGGGCAAAAGCACGGCGGUCUGACGCUCAGAGCCAGCCGCGGGCAGGCAGCAAGUUCGAUCCAUCACUUGCUCCAAUACACGGGGCUGGCUUUGGCAAUCUUUCAAAGUCAUGGAGUCAAAUCGGAUGCCUUGAUCGAAUUUCCUGGCCAAAAAAGGGAGGGUUACGGAUGACCCUUUUUAUUCAUAUUUUUUCUGCUAUUUUGCAUGGCAUGCCUGGUUUCUGGGCUGGGUGUAAAGGGUUACCGGCGAAAAUGAAACGCAAUGAGAUCUUGAGCAAUGCUUCGACAAUGGGACUUGAUGACCGAUUAGGAGUUGUGAUUUAAGCCGUCAUUCCGUGUCCAAUG